UGGAUAACAUAAGGGAGAAGGGGCUGUGAUUCACACUCCAGCACAGCAGAGGGAGGUAUAAACGUCUCUCCUAACCACACAUUAAACCCACCAAAGAACAGUACAUUUUAUUUUAAACACAGUUUUUUUUCUCACUCCAGGUGUUUGCUCAUUUUUCGACAUUGAGCUUUUCAUGUGUAGUGUUAUUCAAGGUAACUGGAGUCUUAAAAAGAGUUUUUAAAAGUCUGAAGACCCGGAAGGAAAAAGAGAAGUGCGUGUUGGUUGGAACACGACGAUAACGUUAUGGGGAUCGGUUAUUUCAGGUUACUAAGACACACAUUUUAACCGGAUAAGAUGUCUGAUGUCAAAGAGGAGGUGAUCUCUUCUGAAGAGAUGAGAAAAAGACUUUAUAAGACGUUUAAGAAUCGAGGUCUACUGGACACUCUAAAGACCCAGCUUCGCAACCAUCUGAUCCAAGAGCUGAAGCACCCAGCUGUAAGUGGAGAGCCUGUGGCCAGGACACUCACUCCAGAAGCGGACUCAAUGUUGGUCACAGCCUCUAAUAGUCUAGUCUUGGACCACCUCCACAGGGCAGGAUAUGAGUACACCUUGUCUGUGUUUUACCCUGAGUGUGGGCUGGAGAGGGGCAAGGAGUUUUCUACAAGAGAUCUCCUACAACUCAUGAAAAUCAGCCCACAGUCUACACUGUAUAAAUCACUGACAUCCGGUAUUGGGAAGGAUAAACAAAGAGGUUUCCUGAUGAAGCUGCUCAUUGAGCUAAUGGACCAUCACAUACACAGGAAUUGCUGCGACGCUGACACACAGACCAGCAGUACCCUGCCUCACAGGGAGUCCCUGCUUGAGAAGAUGCAAAUGAUAGAUGAUGAGUAUGCAGCCCUUCAGCAAAGAGCCCCCAGGUGGGAGUCUCUGGAAGCGAAGUUGGCCGAGUACAGGAAGGAGAUUGAGGCGCAAUCUCAAGCAGAGGUGAAGGCUAAGCUGAAACAUUUUAAGGAUAUGGAAGUUGCCAAAAUGAAGAUGGAGGAGAAGGAGACCUUCCGGAAGGAGAUUGUGAAACUAAGACACAACAUGGAGAGGACCUACCAGCUGAAAUCCAAGGCUCUGAUCAACAGAGAGAAGAAUGCCAUCGAGAGAUUACAGAAACAGCAGGAGGUAAUUGAUGAGAAGGAAGUGUACAUGCAGAGACAGCUGCUGCUGAAAGAAGUGGAUUGUUUGUGGAGCAAGGAGGCAGAACUGAGGCAGAGGACCGAGGAUUUUGAAAAGGCUUGUAGACGGCAGGAGGAGAAGAUCAGGAGCACAGAGGAGCUGCUGGGACACAGAGAGCUGGCAGCAAGGAACCUGGAAGACAUGUAUGACCAAAAGCUGAAGAAUGAGCUGACCAGAUACCAGCUGGAGCUAAAACAAGAGUAUCUCCAAAGAACUCAAAAGGUUACAGAGGAUGAGAAAAGAAACGAAAUGGAAGCGGUUCGCCUGCAGAAGGAGGCAGCCUGCAUUGAGGCAAAGGCAGAGGAAUACAGACGCACCUGCACUGAACUGCAGAGACUGCAGAUGGUACUGGACAAUGCGCUGUCACAGACCACUUUGCUGACUCAGCAAAACAAACUGCUGAAGGAGCAGCUGGAAGCCAUGAGUGACUACCCAAUGCUGAAGAGGGAGAGAGUGGAGCUGCAGGCCCAGCUGAGGCUCAUCAAGAGGCAGCUGGAGGAGGUACAGGAGGAGAACCACCACUUGCAAACUGAUCUCAGCAAGCCUUCUCAGGAGCAGCUGGCCCUGCAGGCCAAGUUGUGGAGGGUGGAGGGUGCCAGGAAGCUGGAGGAGGAGGAGUUUGAGAACCAGAAGCAGAUCCUGCAGGUGCAGCUGCAGCAUGAGGUGGAGCGCUGUGCACAGCUGAAGGACCAGCUGAUGGAGUGUGAGGAGAGAACUCAGCGCAUGGCAUCCCAUGCUGAAGACCUCAAACUACAGCUUCGACAAACACAGCUUGCCCUGGAAAAUGAGGUGCUUCGCUGCUCCAAGCCAUACCUGGUGGACCGCUUUGUGCUAGACCUUGCUGAUGAUAAGAUUGUGCCCCCUGAUAUCUACAUAGAUGGCCCAGUUCAGAGGAACCUGUAUGACCUAGGCCCAGAGCCCCACAGGCACCAACAUCAGUGGGCCUGCAGUGGUUCGCCAAACUGCAACACAGAGCUGGUAGCUGGUACCAAGGCCCGGAUCCAAGAACUGGAAAAGGAGGCAGAGUCCCUGGAGGAGGCAUACCGGAAUUAUCAGCAGAGGGCGCUGCAUGCAGUAGUGUCCAGCCUGCAGCCUGCCAAUGCUCGCUCCCCUCAACAGAAGAGGCUCCCAGGCCACCCCAUGGGCCCUACGGACCCACACACCAGGGUGACAUUUGCUCAGGACAACCCACCCCCUCUCCUCUCAGCACUGAUUAGCAGCCAGCUGUUUGAGUCCCAGGAUCCAGGGAUGCGAACCCCCCCUGAAAGAAGCUCCGGUCCACCUAGACGCCUGUCAUCCACACCCCUCUCCAUCUCCAAGAGGCAGAUCAGACGUGACACAGCGGAAGACACACAGGUCUCUCCUGUAACAUUCCACGACCUGUCUCCUGAGAGGCAACUGUCUCCAAUCCCUCACAGUAGAGCCUCAUUGCACAGAAGCCUCACAGGCUGCCCAAUUCUGAAGAGUAUUGCACAAGAGCCAAUCGGUUCAGAGAAUGAACAGAAAGACCAUCUUUCAAGCACAGGGUCCUCUCCUCAUCCUGAAAAAAUAACGCUGGACGAUCUUACAGAGCCGCCACCAGACCUCGGCUACAUUCUGCAGACAGGCCAGAACCAAGCAAAGCUUGUCCAUGAGGUGCCCCAACAUGGCCUCAUGAUCACCCCACCAGAGUCCCCUUCAGUACAGCUGCAGGUUCUCAAAUGCGGUACGGUGUCCACAGAGGCCCAUCAGUCCCCCAUGGAAGCAGGCAGAGGAGGAGAGGAAGAUAAGGAAGAGGAGUUGCAGUGGGAGGAGGAAAGGAAGAGAAGAGAGGAGAAGAGGAAGCAGGAUAGACAGGAGGCCCUGGAGAGGGAGCAGAGGGAACUGGAGAGGGUAAGUAUCCAUAGUGCACUGCUCCUGUACUGCUCCAGCACAGUUAAACGUGGGCAACAAGAGUUUAUUCAUGUGCUGAUGUGUAAUAACCUCCCUCCCAAGCUGCUGAAGGAGGAGGAGCAGCAGCAGGAGCUUAGAGAGGAGUGUCAGGAAGAGGAAGAGGACAUUGGUGGGGAAGUGUUCUGUGACAAAGAGGUGCAAGAAUCAGUAGAGGGACAGGAUAUCCCCUCCAACACAAGCCCACUCCAGAAAGGCCAGGAACAGAACACUCUCUCCCAUGGAGACCCAGCUCAGAAAGGCCAGCAACAGGAUACUCUCUCCAACGCAGACCCACUCCAAAAGUACAUGAGGAUAGUGAUGGAAGGAAAACAGAGUCCAAAGGAUGACAUGGAGGGCAGAAGCCUGGAGUUUGAAAUCUUGUCUGAUGAAAAAGACAACAGCAUAGCUUCCUUCUCUCAGAACAAUGCAGAUGAAGAUUUCUGGUGAAGUGAGCUUGUAAGGAAAGAGCUGCAGAAGUUUAACACAUGUAAAUACCUCUUAAACAUUUCAAUUUUAUGUUUAGUUAUGCCUUUUCCCCCAGAUUUUACUGAAAUAUUUAGGAUGUACCUGAUUUUUUUUUAAAGCUGAAAUAUCAUUUCAGUGGAAAUAAACGUGAUAUUCAUUCAAAUAUGUUCUAUGGCUGUGUAUCUACCAGCAAAAUGGCUCUUCUCACGUAAACACAUUUGGCCUCAGUGUCAGCCACAUUGCCCUAAGUUCCCAGAACUCCAAAUAUCUAAUCACUACAUAUUUCAGCCUGGACAUUUUAACACUUCCAGGUAAUAGAGGUUAUGCACUGACAUCACUUUCCUGCCGGAAUACGCCCCCUCAGUCGGACUGAGUGGCAAAACAUCCUGCAACA